AAAGUAUUCUUUUGUUAUUCAGAAUUUGAAGUUCAGACGUGUGUCACAGGAUGUCAAGUCUGUGUCCAGGAACACUUUUUUCUUUCCCAGGAUUCAACAAAAAGUCCACUCCAGUUCCACCGCAGACAACAUCAGAGGAGCUCUCCAAGCGCUAUCGGCGGCAACCUUUCAAUGGCCGACCAUGGCCCCAUGGCAGUCCUGUUGCUGGAGUGUAUGAUGUGGAAUUUUCCUCCACCAAAAUGAUACUUUUCAACAAUAAAAGAAGACAAAGCAAAUUGAGAGGAAACAAUGACCCUAAAAAAGAAGAGAGUUUAAGUCCAGAUCCAAACAGACAUUAUCGAGCAUCUUCACCUGUAUCAAGAGAGCUCCAUCAGAACUGUUACAACUCUAUGUCUCCCCACUACUACCAGCCCAAGACUAUCCCAUGGAUCAACUACACUGAAAGGCCACCACCAACUUAUGAAGGUUACUAAUAAUUAUGUGUAAACCCACCUGAUGCUAUUCUUGUACUUCAUGCAUUUAUUGUCAAUUU